UACUACCAGAAAUGGAUGAGUUUCUCGAGUUGUGUUCGCAAGAGUCGCGUUUGACGAGCCAAGAGCGCCGGGAGCGGGUCAAAUCGCUGCUGGAGAAGGGCCAGCUCAACCCGCUGCAAAGACAUGGCGACGCCGGAUGGUACCCACUCCACUACGCCGCCAAAUACGGCCGAGGCGAAGUCAUCCAGCUACUUGUUUCGGAGAGACAAUGCGACCCUCGCCUGCAAACGAGGGACGGUCGCUCCACAGCUUUGCACGUUGCCUGUGAAUACCGACAGGCGGAAGCGAUCGAGGCGCUGUGUCGGCUCCUACCGGACGGAGCGCCGGCAAGGAGAGACAAGAACGGAAACACGCCUCUACAUGUUGCGUGCAGGAGCGGCUCGAUGGAAAUCGUGAGCAGAUUGACGAGAAAAUAUCAUUCUGCGAGAUGCAUGAACGAAACAAACAGAGCGGGGUCAACUCCGUUUGGAACGGCAGUCAGGGAAGGCCACCCUUCUAUUGCAAGGUUCUUCAUGUCUCUGGAGGUUGGAAAUCCUGCCUCCAAAUUCUCCGAUUUCAGGGAAGUCUUUCCUUCCUUCCGACACAAGCAGUCUCUUGAUCAUCCAGUCAGCAUAUUUGUAAUGGGCAACCGUAAGACAGGAAAAAGCACAUUGAUCAAGUCUGUCCAAAUUGAAGGUGUCCUAAAUCAUGCAAUGGGUCUAUUCUUGCCCACGUCCAACGUGGAAUACCACAGUGGAGGCAUAGUCGCCAGUGAUGUUUCCGGCUCUGGCUACGGCGGUAGAAUAAAGUUUUACGAGCUGGCAAGCUGUAAGCAGAGCACACAGGAAAACAUCUUUUCCACCUUUGCCAUGAAUGGCAAGGCGAUAUUUGUCAUCACAGUUAGCUUCAAGUUGGAGCUAAAGCAGAUUGAGGCCACUCUCCUCUACUGGCUCAGUUUCAUCCACCACCAGUUCAAGCCCAGCAAAAUGCCCUACGUUGCAGUCGUAGGCAGCUUUCUCUUCUACUACAAGUUAGGCAGUCUUCGCCUUGAAAACCGCUACCGCCUCCACCUUGCCUACCACAGAGUCCUGAGUACACAUCAAGAGCUUUGCAGCCACUUUCACUUCAUCGGCAAGUUCAGCAUGGACUGUCGACGCAGCCAAUCUCCCGGAAUGGAUCAGUUUAGGAAAGCCCUGCACAGAAGAUGCCGCGAGUUGAGGCCAAGAGUAGGCGAGGUCCCUAGUUCGUGCUAUGUUCUCUGGAAUGCCCUGCAUGCCAUGUGUCCGGGAGAUUCCGACCCCCCCAUUGUAAAGCUGAGUGAAAUUCAACAAAUUGUCUCUGAGCAUUCCUCUACUGCUCCAGUUUCCCUUUUCAGUCUACUCCCAAGCCACACCGAAAAUCCUCCACCUAGCCACGUCGAGGACAUACACUCUUUGCUGGUCAAGCUGGAAGAGCGUAGGGCGGUACUAAUCUUGAGUCAUCUUGACAGCGAAGACCCAUUAGUGGUAUUUGACGAAUUGAAGCUCAUCACGCUGAUUGACAGUGCACUGAUACAGAGAGCAAUGCGCCUCUCAGCAGCCAGCUACCUUAAUCCAGCCAUCAUGUCAGACGACAAGUUAGUCCACUGCCUAUCUCCCCUCUCUAACUCCCUCAAAAAAGCAGUUCUUUUGAACAUCUUGCACCACUUUAUGAUCAUGGAAGUCAUGGCUCGUGGGAACGACACAAAGUAUUUUCUCCCGAGUGUCUUGAAUAUAUACCCUUCAGCUGAUGGUCAAGUGCAAGUAUGGAAAAUGGAUGAUGCCAGCUACACCAUUGGCUUUGCCCAGUGCAUCGUUCCCCGGCCCAACCAGGUCAUUCCAGUUUUCAUGCCUCGUUUCCUCUACUUCCUGCUGUACGAGCUUUACUCCUCCCUCGACGACUACGACAAUGUCUCGAUGUCGCAAUCAGGUCUUCAUUUUGAGAUAGCUCAAUUCUUGCAGGUCUACAUCACCAUCGACAGCUCGGCCGUUGUCGUCAACAUGCGCUGCUCACAAAGUGGCAUCUUCUCCUGCCUCAAAUUCCGAAACCUCUUCGAAUCCAUUAUCCACCGACAGAGAGAGCUCCUGCAGCCAAUGGUAAAGAUCACAGAGUACAUAGUUCCAAUAGAGGGCAUAAAUCUGCCAGUAACGAAAGUGAGGCACAUCCUAGCCCAUGGGAUCAAAGUGGACACUCUGAAAAAUUUCCUCAUCACAAAGUCCACCACUGCCCCUUCUGCAGAGAGUAUGGUGAAACUCCGGUCGUUUGAGCCCUACGAGUGGCUCUCUAAGCUGCAAAAGUCCCACCUCAACAGCCUCCUGGAUCACCGGCUCACAAACGUCCAGGUGAGCAAGCCGUUUAUUCGUGAUCUUGCCAGUUGUGUGGGAAGUAAUUGGAAGAAGCUUCUGGAAUUCUCAGAUGACUUACAAAACUGUGACACUAGUCCGCACUCUGAUGAAAAUUCAAGCAGCGACACUGCGGAGCCCCAAGAUCGCCCAACGUACCAUGUCCUGCUUGGGGUCUUCUCUUCAAUGAGCAUCUUUCAGACGAAUCUAGCGUCUGUCCUCAAGAAUCCAGAGGAGUAUAGAAUUCCCUCCACUCCACUUGUACCGCAGAGGGACAUCGAAAGCAACCAAAGUGAACCCCCCAGUUCUGCACCACCUGAUCCCCCUGGCGAGGAGGGGGGGGAGCCUCUGGACGAAUCGCUCAGCUACCUCCCUCCCAGUAGCUCGUCCUCUAACAGUCACAGCAUCAUCAACACCUCUGGCCACGACCUGUCACAGCCGAGUCAGCCAGAUGGCAUCACCAUCAAGACAUGCUCCACCAGUUCCGAUGCAUCAUCCUUAGCUAGCACUUCUAACACCAACACAAAUGUUCCCAGCAUGAAGAUAGGCCGGGCCACUCUACUGUCGAGUCAGUUUCCACAAGAGAUUCAAUUUGUGAGCCAGCCACAGUCACUGAAGUGUGUGUCUACCGGAGGGACUCACCAUGACGAAGUCCACGGGAUCUCAUUCACCAUCCCACCACAGGCCGUCCAAGAUGGAGGUGAGAUGGAGAUAGAGUACGCAGUGGCCGCUGUAGGGUCCAUUUACCUACCCCGACACCCUCACCCCAGUAUCUCCCAUACUGUGGGUCAGAAUUAAAGGACAGGAAAAGCUGCACAAGCCACUCAUGAUCGGGGUCCCUCAUGCUGUUCAUGCCAGCUCGCAGCAAGUCUCCCGCAAGCUACACAUCCUCUGCGCGCAGGAUCAGGGGGACUGUUACAGCUUUGUCCGGGCUCACAAGGCAUCAAAGAUCCAAUCAAACAGGGGCAUCCUCAGUACCAAGCUCUCUAAGUCGCAGUACUUCUUCUGUGUGGCUGCCACACGAUCCAAGGAAGUGGUGUCCCAGACACAGUACUGUCUUGUGCGUGUCACCCCCAACUUUACCAGGAGCACGUUAGCCUACUCCUGGAAACUUUACUUCUUUGUCACAUACGCCCUUCCAGCUUGUGUCGAGCUGGUGAGACAGCAGUUUACCAGUGACCACAGCGUGGAGGAAAAGGGCUUUCUCUUCGACAUCAGUGGUGAAGACAAUCACGUCCCCAGCAUCACCAUGGAAUACACCAAAAUUACUCCCGAGCACUGGACCAUCACAAAGGAAGGAUGCUACAAACAGAUAGAGGCAUCACAGGUAGAGCUGGGGACGAACAAGAGUCGUUUUGAGAUGAGCUCCCACAUGUACCCACCCAACUUCACCAUCUGCCUGAUAGGACACCAGGCGGUGGGGCACAGCUCCGUCGAGUUCUCUUUCAGAGGGACCACUCAAACCCAGCUCCUCUAUGACAUUCCUCUCACCCUGCCCCGGAGACCCACUUUGACUUCAACAUCUACUCUGAAUGACAUGGCAACUCAGCUGCCACCUGACACUAAGGAGCCAGAGAGAGAGGUGUUUAGACACUAUGGUGGCCGCUCAUCCCCAACGAGCACCAUGUCAGCACCAAGUAAGGAGAAGAAUUUUCUGCACAUCAUCUGUGAAUUGCCACCUGAUAUGCAAUACCCCAGUUUAUCAUUCUUCCAAGGGUGUGGCAUCAUUACUAGUAUAUGCCUAUGACAAUGCUUCCCUGCACUCUGCUAUUAUAAAAGUGCACCUCUUCACACGAGCAAGCAAAUUGUUCACAUAAUGAUAAUGUGUGUAAACUAUUCUAUGCCAAAUAAUUGCCGAGCGUGUUAGCAUGAAGCAACUACUCCGGGUUGUAUUCUCGCGAUAUGCGUACGUACGUACGUCGUCAAUUAGUCACGCUUACCAAAAGGAAGUUUAACUUCCGUCAUUCCUAGUAAUUAUAAUGAUGCCUAAUACCCCUUGUUGGUGUCCUAUUGGAAUCGUUCAUUCCUAAUUGACGCUGAAGCAAGAUCAUCUUCACUGAAUUGCAUGAAACUUACUGGAGCACUCGAGCUCAUCAUUCAAUUCACUCUUUACUUUCAGUUUUCACCAGUCCAAGUGUGCAAAGGGUAAGUGACCAUCUCAUUGACACUGUCAAACAGUAUGUGUACAACCAGCUGACUAUUGUUAGUAUUUUGGUAUGUGUUGGAUGUUGGUCUUACGUCCAUACAGAUGAUAUCUGGAGGCUACAGCACAUCGCCACCAAGGGAUACUUUUGUUGCUCAAAUGAAUGUUGAGAAGAAGAACGCGAUGGAGGUUCUCACCAGCAACUACGACAACAUCUGUCAGCAGUUGACGAACCGGGUCAUCCGCAGAGCUCUCAUCCAGCAGAGAGCUCUGACCAUAGAGCAGGGCCAGGCCCUCAUGGACUACGCCAGCGCCUCCGAGUCUGACGCCAACGAGCGACUCAUCCAGAUGAUAGAGAAGGGAGGGGUCAGCGGGUUCAGGCAGUUCAUGAUAGCCCUGCAAAAGACGAGCGGAGAACACCAGGGUCACCAGGAUCUUCUCCUGCGGAUGGUGUCCGAGCUUAACCACCUCCGACCGUACUCCCGCAGUGCCUCUGAAAUCCUAAACUCCAUGCCACCAGAUCACCCCUCGAGACACAACAGUCUGGUGUGAAUCUUACAACACUUUUGUUUUACUUUUCUCGUUCACUUCUUUCAUUAUCCUUUUGGACGCCAUGAGUAUCUCCAUAAAUAAGCAGAAAUUGGUGUAUAACAUAUUAACGUCUAGUAUUAUAGCCAUAUAUAAAUUCUUAUUGACGUACUAUGGAGGCCCGUUACUAAACAGUGGUUUUGGUUUGUUGUAAAAGUCAUCUUUUAACAUAAAUAUUGAUGUUUAUGUAUAAUUACACAGUAACUUAAACUCAAUACUAUUAGCAAAAGUGUUUGUUUUUGCUGUUUGGGCAUGUGUUAAAAUCUAUUCUUGUGUGGGAGUAACGACGGAGCACUAAAAGAGGAGAGGAAUGAUUCCAAUCUCACAGAGCACGGCCAUGACAACAAACGUGACGUAAAAACAUAUGAGGAAAAUGGC